GUGAACAAUACAAAGCAUUACACUGCAGGUUAGGUUAGUUUUAUACACCCCAUGACAGAGGAGGAGAGACAGAGAGGAGGUUGGCGAAAUUAAUGGCAGGCCAAAGCAGCUGACAGGCGAAGAAGGAAGCAGCAGAAAGGGAGAAAAAGACAGGGGGAGAGAGAGGAGGCCACGCACACAUGCUAAUGAGCCGUCAGGAGUGCCGGUGUGGGGGGGCAAGAGCUGGAGGGAACUGACAGGAAGUGACUGUCAGCCGAAUGAAAGGAACGCCAAGUCGCGCUUUUGUGGCAUGAACCUCCCAUGGGUAAGGAGAGCGAUGAAGUGUCCAGCUAAUGGAUGGAAGCAAUCAAGAACCCAGACGACAGUACAAAGGACUAAAGAGAUUCCAUAUUUGUGGAUACACUAGGCGAACAAAUUCCAUAAUCGAUAUAUCCAUGAGAUUUCUGAACAUUCAGUUGAGUGAAGUUUUGUACUAGAGAGUGUACUACAUCAGAUUUCCAAAAUGGAACAAAUUGAAGACGCACAACGACUUGUGUCCGAUCCAUUGCAGGAUCAAGAGGCUGGGAACAGCAUUUGGACCACUUUCUGCAAUAUUUUCCACACCUGGAAGGACUAUCUUCUCCAGCUGAUCCAGGGCCAACAGUAUGCACGUUGGGCUCCAUUGGACUAUAGUCUGGAGAUCUAUCGAAAGAUGAUUGGCUGGGACGAGGCGUACAUUCGUUGCAUUAUCCUUCACCCAACCAGUGUGCAAAUGGCGGUGGUCACCCACAAGGACGUUGUUCAUGUGUUCGGCGUAGGUCCUACGGCAGAGCUUCAGUCGGCGGAACAAGUGGAUCUCUACUGUGGGGCCUUCCGUCCGUGCACGAUCCGCGAGCUUGCGGUGGGAUGUGCUGCCGGCAUCUAUAUCUGGCGGCAUGUCAGUAAUACGCUCUGGGACAAGCGAUUGCUGAGGCACGCAGCGCACAUCCACGUCACGUCUGUACAGUGGAACGAGGACGGCACUGUCCUGGUCAGUGUGGCCUUGGGAAGUCAUCAUAUCAUCGUCUGGGAGCCGGAGAGUGGACAGACGAUUCGAUUGCUCCCCUCUUCGAUUAGCUUCCUGCUGUACAGCCCCGACUUUCAGAUGAUAUUCGGCGCCGCCAGCGAUUCGGGGGCUAGCGUCUGUUAUGUAGAUCGUAGGUCCUGGAAGCUGGAGCAAAUCCUGGAGGGGCGACGAGUACAGACGGCCGCCUGGACAGCCUGCAGCACAUAUUUGCUGUUUGUCCAGAAGAACGACACAAAUCUGUAUGCCAUUACCAGGAAUUCGGAAGUAGGUGUUUUCCUGAAGCCUCAGCUUUUCUGGGCCUUUGAGUUGGUGGCGAAUCUACAAACAACACCCUUUGCCGGCCAGGAGUUGUGCCGCAGCCAGCCCCAAGCAAUUGCUGUGGAUCCAUCGAACGUCUAUCUGGCGGUCAUCUACAAGAAGCAACCCUUUGUAGGGCUCUUCAAGCUAUGCAUGGCCAGACAUAAAAAACUAAGCAUUUUAGCCACGAAAUACAUUUAUAGCGAUGAUAAUCAGACUCUCCGCACAGGUAUCUUUCCCACAUGCAUGUGCUUUGAACAUGGCCAGAAUGACAAGCGGAACCUGGCCAUUGCCUGGACUUCGGGACACGUUCAGUGUAAGAACCUUUAAGAAGAGAUGGCUGAACGACGCUUCUGAAGCAAGAUUUACACACACACACUGUUUCAAAUAUUAUUCGAAUAAACUUCCAUAAAACACUACCAACAAGGAUGCUUCUGAAGGAAGAGAUUAACACACGAUACGAUAUAUAUUGUACACACAUGUUGCUGUUGCUGUUGCUGUUGCUGUUUCGAAUAAACUUCCAUAAAACACUACCAACAUUUC